AUGUCUUCUUCUUCUCUUUCGACUACUACUACUACUACUACUACGACUACUGCUACUACUACUGCUACUACCACCACUGCUACUACGACUACUACUACUACUACUACUACUACUACUACUACUACUACCACUGCUACUACUGCUACUACUACAACUACUGAUACUACUACUACUGCUACUACAACUAAUAAGUAUUAA